AUGUCUGGAAUCCUCAACAAGGUCAAGGAGGCUCUCCACCACGACAAGCCCGCUACCUCCACCACCCACACCACCGGCACCACCCAUACCACCGGCACCACUCACUCGGGCCUGGGCAGCGGGACGACCACCGGGACGGGAUACAACACCGGGGUCGGACACACGGGUAUCGGCAGCGGUCCCGGCGUUGGCCAUGCCGGAAGCGGAAUCCCAGAGGGCACUGCUGGACCGCAUAGCAGCCGGGUUGCCAACGCGGCCGAUCCAAGGAUUGAUUCCGACUUGGACUCGUCCCGUCACACCGGCGCUGGGGUUGGCGGUGUAGGGAGUGGAGUUGCGGGCUCCCAUGGAUACACUGCUCCGCACUCAAACAACUUGGCGAACAAGCUUGAUCCGAGAGUUGAUAGCACCACGACAACAUCCGGUUACAGCGGCACCCAUGUGGGCAACACAGCCGGAACCCACACUGGCACAACCGGAGGCAUUUCUCACUCGACGAACGCUGGUAUGUUGUCUGUCUUCCUUGAAGUCGCCGAGCGAUCGAGAGUCCGCCUGCUUCGUACCCUCUUCUACUUCGAGCUGGACGUAAUUGAUGCUAACCAUCUUCUUUUCACAGGUCCCCACAACUCAAAUAUGGCAAAUAAGGCCGAUCCUCGCGUCGACAGUGAUCUAGAUGGUCGUGGCAACCGUCACGGAGCCGCCACCGGGGGUCUCAUGGGUGCGAGCGGAAGCCACGCCACACCCGGCUCAGGCACUGCUCAGAACACUGCCGGACCCCACAACAGCGAUUUGCUGAACAAAGUCGAUCCACGAGUCGAUAGCGACCGCGACGGCUCGAAGACGUACGGCGGAAACAAGACGCACGCUUAG